GUUGGGGGUAGACUUUAACGGGAGGACAUCUGUGCAAAGAUGGCAGACGUUCCAGAAAAUGCUCCUGAGCACUGUCCGGGUACAACAAGUGAGCAAGCUGGCAAGUCUGCAUCAUGCCAGGGCUGUCCCAACCAGAAACUGUGUGCUUCUGGAGCCACAAAGGCCCCCGACCCUGCAAUAGCAGAGGUAGGAGAGAAACUGUCAACAGUCAAACACAAGAUCCUCGUGUUGUCUGGAAAAGGAGGUGUGGGGAAGAGCACCUUUAGUGCCCACUUGGCCCAUGCUCUGGCAAGUGACACCACAAAGGAGAUUGCCCUGCUUGAUGUAGACAUCUGUGGUCCAUCCAUCCCAAGGAUCAUGGGUUUAGAGGGAGAACAAGUUCAUCAGAGCGGCUCUGGAUGGUCCCCUGUGUAUGUGGAUGACAACCUGGCAGUCAUGUCUAUUGGCUUUCUGCUAAGUAGCCCUGAUGAUGCUGUUAUCUGGAGAGGACCCAAGAAAAAUGGGAUGAUUAAGCAGUUUUUGAGGGAUGUCGACUGGGGGGAACUGGAUUACCUCAUUGUAGACACUCCGCCUGGCACCUCUGACGAACACCUGUCAAUCGUCCAGUACCUAAGCUCCACCCAUGUUGAUGGAGCCAUCAUCAUCACCACACCACAGGAGGUGUCGCUGCAGGAUGUGCGAAAGGAGAUCAGAUUCUGUCAGAAGGUUAAGCUGCCAAUCAUCGGUGUGGUUGAGAACAUGAGCGGUUUUGUCUGCCCUAAAUGCAAGAACACAUCACAGAUCUUCCCACCCACAACUGGGGGAGCGGAGAAAAUGUGUGCAGAUCUAAAACUGCCCCUGCUAGGAAAAGUGCCUCUAGAUCCGAGAAUAGCACGGAGCUGCGAUGAGGGCAGGUCUUUCCUGAGCGAAGUACCCGACUCUCCUGCUGCAGAAGUCUACCAGAAAAUUGUCCAAAGUAUCCUGGAUUACUGCUCCAACAGGGUAACAGAGGAGCAAAGCACAACCUGACUCAAUCAGAUGGCAGCCAUAUAUGACCAGAACACCAAGGCAGAUCACAUGACUAGAGCGUAGCAGAAAAGUACCGAAUAAGAGGCACACGAAGCAAGAGCACAUACACAUCAGCAUCACAGCAUUUAUCCAAGACUGUCAGAGAAAUCCGAACAGUUUGUUUUCAUGAUUGGCAGCAGCUUUGAGUUUUGUGAGUUGAUCAGACUGCACUGUGCCACAGUUCCUCUGCUGGCACAGUAUUUCCUGAAGAACUACUAAGAAAGAAUGACAUGAAUAGAGAAAUUACUUCCCAUUUUGUAAGAAAAAUAAAGUAGCGUUAUCCAAAUAAAUACUUGUCCCUGUUUUGAAUAUGAAUGUACUCACAGCCUCAGUGUUAAUGCUGGUAAAGGUGCAGUUUCAGAUGUGGAUUUUGACGUUUAUGGUGUUUUUAUCAGUUUUGGGGGACGAAUUGAGCUCCAUGGCAGCAAGGAAAAAGAUGGCGUAUAUCAGUCUUUGCCUGUACUGACAAUACUCAAUGUGGGAGCCAUGCAAAGUUUGUCUUACAGCAUCAUCAGACUUCUCUUCAUUUUAAUACAUUGGUGCGGGACCUACCAACACUCAAGUCUCAUUUGGAGUCACUUUUGUGUACAUUAUGUCAGUCCCUUUAGUUAAAGCAUUCCACUGUGCUUGAGCAGGUGCAACAAUGUUUACCUGUUUAUGGCAGCAGGUCUAAGUACAGAGUAAACCAACAACAUAGAAAGAAAUUUCCUUGGAUUUUACUGUCAUGUUAAUAGCGCUCGCUUCACAUUUCAAAUGAGCACUGUUUACAAAAAACCCUCCUAAUGCUUCCUAUUUUUAAGUUUAAAGAAGUACAGUACAGGUGCAUGAUGAAAACACUCACGUUUAAUGAGAAGUCCAUUUGUAAGAGAGCUGAGAUUUAGUGCUAAAAAAAUUUAUUAGACCACCAUCCAAAGUGAGGUUUAUGCCACAGCAAUUAUAUUUUUAAUGCUAAAAUAUAAUUAUUGUUAACCACAAAUUUUCAAACAACAAUUUUACAUAAAAGCAGGAAAAAAAUAGUCAAACAUUAUUAACUUUUAAUUAAAAUGCCAAAUUACCGUCAUUUACUUGCAACAGAAAACGUUUAGUUUUAGUUUUCAAAUGUUUUCCUCAAUUUCUGACUUCUCGGCAAAAUGAGUGUUCCGACUCAAAUUUGGGUCUAAAAAUGUGAAUUGAGUCAUUUUUAAACAAACUUUUGAGUGAUUUCUAAAAUAUUUGUGUUUGUUUGUUAAACACUGUGUGUUAAGUGCAAUGUUAACAGUGUGUCUCCUUGUGUAUGCAUUAGAAUUUGCAAGUUGAGUUCGUAUCAAAACGUAAGUUUGUUUUUUUUUCUCAAUUUACAAUAAAUGCAACAUAAAAACUUGAGUUUAUCUGCUUUUGCAGCCAAAGUAUUUAUUUAUGUAUUUAUUUUUAUAACUGUUUGAACAGUUUUGGUAUCAGUGGUGUGAGCACAGGUUUACUGGGUCUGUAUUGACCAGUUUUGGGAAUUUGUGUGCCACAGGGUGUGUGUGUCCUUGUUUGUACUCAGCGCUACUCAAUCGCAGUUCCUCCAGCAUUCAGUAGAAAAUACAUAUGAAACUGUAUCUACAUCCUGCUGACAGACAAAACAACUGUGACUGGACUCAUACAGAAAUAUAUUUCUCACAGUUAUGACACAUAACGGCGUAAUAUCUGUAUGAUGCCUUUGGUUCGGUUGCAGUCGGGAGUUUUAAAACGGAAAAGGUCAAACUUUCAUUAAUGAAAUUCUAGCAAACAGUUGGAAAGGUGAGACAAGGAGCGAGUAAGCUGUCUUUAUCCUCCAUUAUUUUAGAAUAAAUUAUUUACACCAAUAAGCACAACAUUUUGAAAUCUUGAUUUCCAAACAACCAUAAGCUGGCUCUUUGUAGCCAACUCUGUAGUCAAGGUAGAUGGGUGUAAACAAAUACUGGGUAUGGCACUGAGGCAUGCAUGGUUUUGCCAAACCGGUUCUAAUCCUUGAAAACAAAAGUACUUCCAUUGACAUAAUUGCUGCACCUUUGCAUUGAUUUCAUGGCCAGAGAAGAGAGUGGA